AAGCAUACAAGGUAUCGAGGUCCACAUAUCAUGUAGAAACAGCCACAGCGACUCCACUUCUAAUUGUUCUUCUUCAUAUAACAUUCAAGGUCAUUCUACAUCAUCCAAAUACCAUCAUCCUCCUUGACACCAUGGUUCUCCCCCCAUCCGACCUCGAGAAUGACAUUGCGAACUCAGUGGAUAAACUGCAGAGGUUGUACCCAGACACAUUUGAUGCGAAGAGAUAUCUCUACUUGCCUCAUGGAAAAUAUGCAUUCGCCGCAGAACAUACGUUCCAGGGGAAGAAUAAAAAGCAAUUAGGCCUUCGCUCAGGGCAUGGAUACCGUAUAUACGCCCGAAAUGGCGUUAUUGCGGGGCAUAAUGUUACCUGUCUCUGGAAAACUUGGAAUGUUUCUAAAGCAUGGAGAGAGUUCUUUCAAGAGUUGUACUUCUACUCUCACCCCAAGCUUUUGAGAUGGCUUCAAGGAAUCAUCGUUCCACACGUAAUUGGUGUGCACGAUGAGCCCAAUGGACAAAAGAGCGUGUUCAUGGAACCACCUCAUCACACAUUCUGGCAUACAGCACAUGCGGACCUGUCCAUCGGCGAGAAACAGGCCAUCAUUCGAGCUUACGAAGCCUUGCAUGAGCACGGUAUCAUGCACAAUAACAUCUCCGCCCAUAACAUAUGCAUAGAUCAAGAUAUGAAUGUCACACUGCUAAACUUUGAAAGGGCCCGCUGCUUGAAUGACAAGGGUAUGGACGAAGUCCCCGGGUGUGAUCAGGAGGCACUGAAGCAGGAAAUGCGACAAGUCAAAUACUUGAUUGACUACAUGGGUGCAAGGUUUAUAGAGAGCGAAAUCCUCACAGCUCCGGAAACCCCUCCAGGCGAACAGCAGACUGAGCCGCUUUGCAUCUUGGAUGUUAUUCGCUGGCUUUCAGAUGCUGAAAACACCCAUAUCAUCCCGAGCGAUAUGCGCAAUAGGCCGCUUCCAAAUGACGGACGUGGAAGAGCCAAGAAACCAACGGUCAAAGCUGGGGCAAUCGGUCAAAGGGGAUCAGCGGAGCCUAUGCAAGAUGCUGUGAGGUCUGGAUCCUGGAGUGAACCGAUCGUACCUCCCAUUCUUCUGCCAACUCUGCAACCAUCUUCAUCCGCAAUCAGUACUACGGCUUCGCCACCAUUAGAUUCUCCUGCAGAUAUACGUGGGUUCCUUCCCCUAGAUCAUCUCCCAUUUUCGAAUAGACAUGAUGCACUGCCUUCCACUUGUUUCGAAGAGGGUCCUUCUGAAACGCAGGACAUAGAUACCAGUGUGCAGCCGCCGCUGCCGUCCGGAUCUGAUUCCGGGCGCUCUCGAACUAUAUCCAGUAGCAGUCAUGAUGUCGCUGUUUACUCGUCGUCGGUCUCUCCCCUUACCCCUCCCCCGUCGCUGCUCCCAAGUACCCUGUCACCCAUUUCGGACAUCUCGGCGCAAAUUCCACAAAUACCCCCAUCUCGCUUACUGUCGGCUCAUCUUGCUUCCCGAGCAUCACCCGACCACUGUCAAAGUCGCACCUUCGUUCAGUUAUCCGACCAACUGCCUUCCCCCAAGGUGUUCUGCGACCUUACACAUGAGCAACUCCGCCUCGCGAUAAAGCAGCACAACGCGGUUGUGGAUGCUAGGUUAUCCUCACAACAUGCCAUCAUCACAGACAAAAACAAUGUCGUGUUCCACCCUGACACAAAUGAUAAUGGCAUAUACGCUACAGGAAGUGAUCCUUUCCGCAAGCGGAAGAAAAGGCGCCGGCCUACCCCUUUUCUCCCGGAAGGUUCUAGUUCCACUGAAGAUGAGACCAUCCCCAACGAGGACGAGGAAGAUGAAGAGCCCGAGCCUCAGAUCGAAGUCGACUUCGAAGAACUCGUCGAGGAAGCUCAUCUCGCAAGACUCAGAGGGCGUCGACGCAUCUCGCGACCUAGUAUGUUACCUGCCAUGGUUCUCGCCAAAUCCAUGAGGCCUGAUCCGGAGGCAAAGUCCCCCGCCAUUGCCAAACGAAGUACUUGCAUGCCACCCUCGGCAGCAUUAUCCUCGAUCGGUGAAGAGAGUCCUGGCGACACCUCAGGAGCUCCUCCUUACAGUGUGGUUUUUGUCGGAGCGAACGGGUGUCCGGAAGAGGUUUGGAAGCUCCCCGUACCUGCGUUCAUGUUGGUCAAGUCAUCGGUCGCGAGGCAACCACAGGCUCAGAAGUUCCGAAUAGAGCAGGCCCCUCGGCUGCGGGGACCUCCUCUAACGAAUUCUUCCUCUUCGCGAGUAACAAAUCAGGACACGCAAAGUCGAUCCUCCAAGAAGCGAAAGAUCGACUGCGUGGAAGGGAUUGAAUAUUUAGAACAGACGUCGAAACGCACACGCCAGGACCAAUCAACGCCUAGCUCAUGCAUCAUAUGUUAGAUUAGAUUAUAGUCAAGUCGAACCGCUCAGUUCCUAUUAGUUAUCCUCACUGGUGAUGUGGCGUCGCCAUGAAAUGCAUAAUCACGGACA